CUUUCCUCUUCCUCUGUUUCUGUAUUCCGCUCUCUGUUCAACUCUCUCUCUCUCUCUCUCUCUCUCUCUCUCUCUCUCUAUACCGACAGAGAUACGGACAGACAAUCACGAUUCUCGUCGGAGGCGUAUAUGGAUUUCAGAAGCCACCGCUCUUCUUCUGUUCACGUGUACAAGUUCUCCAUAGCCGCGGCUCUUUCCAUAUCUCCGCCUUCCGAUCGCUCCGUUCCGUUCACGCUUUGGUUACCAGACCUCCGGUUUAGUCUUCCAAAAUAACGUGUACACAUCAGACAGGCUUCUCGUGUUUAAUUCAUUUAGUAAGCCAAAAACACAGGUCGAUCACUUUCUUGGUUGUUGGUAAAUUAAGGAGUUACCUGGAGUCUGUACCUGGUAAAUUCAUAUAGUAGUGGACAUAAUUCCGUGCAUGGAACAAGAUGAUUAGGUCUGGUAGGGAAUGAAGAUGUCAGGUAGGAGAGGUAAAUCUCCUGGUUGGGCUGCUUUUGACCUCAAGCUGCAACAGAAAGAGGGUUUCAAACAGGAAGUUGAUGUGCCCUACCCACCCAUGUCAAGUGCUAUCACCCCUCUGCAUCCCUCCCACAAUUUCAUGCAAGACAACAAAGUAUCGAGGUCUUUCACAUCAGUGCUAUCAGCAGAUGAUGUGGAUCACAGAAAACCACUAUUAUCUGGAAAUUCUAGGACAACCCAGAGAAAUAAGUUUACUUCCGAACCUGAUAUUGUAGCAGCCUAUGCCAAGUUCAGAGAGCUUCACUCCUGGGCUGACGAGAGCUUGAUUGAGGAUAUUAUGGCAGCUGUAAAUAAUGAUGUUGAUAAGGCCUCAACUGUAUUAAUGGGCAUGGUUCCCAAUGAGAACCCAGAGCAGAAUAAAGAUACAAAUAUUCGAGGAUCAAAAUCUAAGCAUGAGCAUUUUCCUUUGGACCAUACAAGAUCGCCUGUAGAUGAAGGUGCUUCUUCUGGAAAGCUCACAGACUUUGGGGAACUGACCUGUGUUAUUGGGGACUGUUUCAAUUCCAAGACUGAAGAACUGACCAAUGACCAUGCUUCUUGUGGAAAUGAGGAUUCUGAUAUUGCUGCUGCAAAUGUGAAGCUGAUUUUGGGGCAGUUGAAUUCUAUACCCGUAGAGCCUGAGUGGGAAGAGGACGACAUUUAUUUGUUCCAUCGAAAAGAUGCAAUAAGGAUGACGAGGUUAGCGUCUCAGCAUUCAAGGGCAGCUAUGGAUGCUUAUUUAAGAAGGGAUCACUUCUCGGCCCAACAGUUAUCCAUGAAAGUUAGGGAGGAGCGAAUGGCUGCCGAACGGUUGAAUGCUAAGGCAGCAAAUGCAAUUUUUAAUACCAGGAAUGGCCAAAACAGUCUAUGGGAACUGGAUUUACAUGGCCUUCAUGCAGUGGAAGCAGUUCAAGCCUUGCAGGAGCGCUUGCAGAAGCUUGAAUCCUUAGUGCCAUCUGGUCAAUCAGUAUCUCCAAAUAGAAAGAGCGAAGGGGCAACUAUGGUUAGCUCUGCAUCUGUUGAAUCUUUGAGUUGUACGGAGACAAGUAAAUUGGAUGAACAACGUGCCUCAUCCCGGCAGAGACCAAUAUCAUUGCAAGUCAUAACAGAUUUGUAUCCAGGGCUGGAGCUAGGAUUUUUGAUUAGUAGGAGCCCAACCGAAGUCACAGAUUGGCCCAGAGUGAGCAGGAGUGAGAGUAUCUGUAAUAUGUGUGCAGACAUGUAUAUUACUGCUUGAAUUAACCAAAUCUACAUCAUAUUCAUUGUAACUGUUACCUCAUUGAUGAUUCAGCCCUUGGCAAAUCAUAUUUGUAGCUCACAGAUCACAAUAUUUCUUAUAUGCGUGCGUGUGUGUAUCUUUGUUUACAUAUCGUGCAUUAACAUUUUCGAGGGCGGAGUUUAAACAUGACGUGUCUACCAAACAGUGCAGGAGAGGCGGUGGUUAAGGCGGUCAAAAAAAAUUGGUGUCUCUACCUUUUCUUGUGAUAUAGAUCCAUUUGUGCAGGCAUUGAUUGGUAGCUUAGUCUCCUGAAAUGGCUGCUUGAGUAGCUAGCUGUACAUGUUGAUCUACUUGUUGCUUUCUUAAAUAGUUAGAGAAAGGGCACAAGACGUACUCCUCCAGGAAACACUUUGACUAGUAAAUCAUCUU